UGUGUGUGUGUGUGUGUGCGUGCAUGCAUAAAAUUAAUGUAACGUAUAUUUAGUAUGUAAAAACGGGUGGUGAACGGUUGGAUUUGGAUGAAUAAAAUAAGUGGUCCCAAUUGUUUUUACAGGUUACACUUUAGUCUUUUAUGACCACUGCUUUAAUUCAGUUCGUUAAUGAAAAUGUAUGUACACCAUAACUCAUCUAUAAGACUUUUUCGUUCCGCAAUCCGAAAGAAACGAAGAAGAAAUCCGCUCAGCGGCGUGACGCUACCAGGAGUCGCGGUGUGAUGACGUCACCGGACAAAGUCCCGGAGAGGGUGUCGUCAUCGCCAAGGGCCCUAGACAAGAUGGCGGCGGAAACAGCAGUGCUGUACAUGCAGCUCAGCCCUUCGCUCUGCCUUGCAGCUCGAAGUCGAAAUGUAUUCAGACGUGUUGUUUCUGUGUGAUCGGCAGUAGCAGCAGUUUAAGUGGCAACGAAAUGAGGAGCUGUUCGUGCACUUCCCAGGCACACGGGCGUGUUUUGGGAUGGCUGCGUCCCAACACUCCUCCUCCUCCUUUUCCUCCUCCUGCAUGUUGUGUUUUCGCACAAGUUCUCACUUCUCUGGACUCCGCAGCCGAGCGACUCGUGGUUCGUAGAGACUUUCAGCGGUCGAUGGACACGUGUGAGAAGGGACUGGAGAGCCUCUGCAGCUUGGCCGAGCACGACGAGAGCAGCAGUUUGUUAUGUUUCGAGUUAAAAGCUGCUCUGUGCAGCGUCGGGAUUCAGGCGCUGGCCGAGCUCAACCAGUGGCAAAGAGUUCUCGCCUGGGUUCUUCAGCACUAUGGUACACCUGAGAAAAUUCCAGUGAAAGUUCUGCAGAUGUGCAUACUUCUGUACAGCAAAGUAGGAGAACCUGGCACCAUGCAGGAGGCAAGCAAUGACUGGUUGAAGUGCCCAGCCAACAAGAGUUUACCUGGGUAUGGCGCUGUGGCUGAGCUCUACAUACUACAUAUACUUGUGCCUUGCUGUCCACUUGUGGAAGCUAGAGAGUUUGUGCUCGGCCAAGUAGGGAGUGCGGUGCUCAGCGGGGCUCAGAAGCAAGCUGCGUUGGAGAUGCUGGAGAGCCAGGAGAGAUGCGCACCUUCCUGUACAAGCAGCUCCAUCGUGGCACAGAGUGCCACCUCUGCUACCGGCACACGUGAUGGUGACUCCAGGCUCAAGGCUUUGCUGCACCAACUUUACCGAGGCUUGACUAUAGCUGGCACGCGCAUGCAGUCUCUUCCUUUUGGCAGGAUGCUGCUCGCUGCUUUUCUUCUUUUCCUGCUGCUCCUGCGCAUCGAUCCAGCUCUUCCUUCAGCCUUCCGCUGGAUCUCCAGCCUGUUGCGCAUACUCAGACAAUUGUGGGAUGCCAUGACUGGCCCGUAUCAUCAGACCACCCGAGUACCAAGUGUCACGGGCUGAUCCUGCUCACACCAAGGGUUUUCAUAGAACGUGUUGCCGGUAACACGCUUCAGAGACAAAGUGUAACCACCUCUCCCUGAAUUACUUUAAUAUUUUAGAACUCAAUAUGUGAGACUGUAGACCAGUGAAAAGUACUUCUGGAGUCAAGCUAAUUUUUUCAGUACAGUUUGUCCAUUUUCGUGAAAUGAAAGCUAGUUCUAGUGAAUGCAUUUGCCCGUUUAAUUCUUCUUUUUUGUCAAAAGAGGAAAAGAAGGUGAAAGUGACUUUAGGGAUCAUAUUGCUGAGUCUGCCUCCCUUUUAUGUCUGGUGUAGUAAGAAUGUUAGCUUAAAAUUGAAUUUGUACUAUUACGUACUCCACAAAUAAUACGUAAAUAUGACACUUGGGGUCACUCAAAAAAAAUUUAGUUGUUGAAAGUAUUUUCGUGGUUUCGCUUAUUGAAUAUUCUGUUCCACAAAGUCACCAUAUCAUGGGCAUCCAGUACAGAGCAGUGACAGUCGACAAGGUCUGCUCACCUCAACAUGGAUUAUAGUCAUACUGUGGUAACUGCUCCUGGAGCUUGCGUGUUCUACUGAGUCAUCUUUUAUGCAAAAUGUAAACCUUUGUUACAUGCUUUUAUAGCUUAACGUUGGUGUUUUGGGAAAUCUAAUGCCAUUUUUAGUUUGAACAGCUUAUUUGUUGUAUGUUUUGUAUUGAGCUGUGACUUUAGUAUAACUGAGAAGAAAUCUGUAUUGAAAAUAAAUUUCUUCAGCAACUGGUCAGUAUCUUGAAAUAAAUGCCAGUGUGAGAGAAUGA